AUGCGGCGGGCUUUGGCUGCGCAUGGUCACAAGCUUGUGCAACAGGCGAGCGAGCGGCGCGUUGCCACGAAUGGAGUGGGGCAUCCUUGUUUAGCCAUGCCAUCCUCGGGGCGUUGGGGGCUCAGCAUGGGAGGCACUGCUGAGGUGGAUGAACGCGUACGCCAAUCUCUGCAUGAACAAUCUCAUGCACUCCAAGGGCUUAUUUCCCCCGGCAGACUUCCUCAAGCAUUGGCUGAGGAGGGUCCGCCAUGGAUGUGGAUAGUCGACGAUUGCAUCAGGAAGAGGGAGGAGGGGAGCAGAUCGGAACCCGCGCAUCAUGCCCGUGUACAGAACGUUCAAGGGGAGCGCAAAACCGGUAUUGAGCGACUAAGGAGGAGGCGGGUGAUGCUGUUCGUCGACGCAGCUGCGUUUUAUAUCUGGGGAAGCUCUGACCGUGCCACUCCAUUACAGAAGCUGCGCUUUGCCCGCCUAUUGUGA